GACGCCGUUGGCUGUGCGGUUGUCUUGGGAAGGCGGACCGGCGAACGCCCAGUGCUCGCACUCGGCCGCCUGCCUCCCUCCUUGCCUGCCGUGCGUCUGUCUGCGCCCGUGUCAUCCUUGCUCGGGACGCGGUGACCGUUUUUAAAUCACAAGGGCGUGGGUCAGCCUCCCCUAGGACUUCAUGUCUGUAUAUUUCCCCAUUCACUGCCCUGACUAUCUGAGAUCAGCCGAGAUGACUGAAGUGAUGAUGAACACCCAAUCCAUGGAGGAGAUUGGACUCAACCCCCGAAAGGAUGGUCUUUCUUAUCAGAUCUUCCCUGACCCAUCGGACUUUGACCGUUGCUGCAAACUGAAGGACCGCCUGCCCUCCAUAGUGGUGGAGCCUACGGAGGGGGAGGUGGAGAGUGGGGAGCUCCGGUGGCCCCCCGAGGAGUUUCUGGUCCAGGAAGAUGAGCAAGAAAACUGUGAAGAGAAAACGAAAGAAACCAAGGAGCAGUAG